AUGCUAUUCCAUUCUUUGUCUUGUGAGAGGACGGAGGGAACGAAAAAGGCUGCAUUGAGGGGCACUACACAAGCGCGUUCACAAAGCCUCUUUGGAUUUCAACCUUCGACCAUCGAACAAGAUGACGAGGCGGUUUUGGCGGGAUCUACUGCUGCAUCUUCAGGGUCGUUAGAGAGAGACUUUGUAAACCAAGGAGAGGACUUGGAUUGUCAGGCACCGGCAGAAGAUGCUGGGACAGGUGACUCCCGAAGUAGAAAGAUAGCUGCAAUUGUGAAAAUGCUCUCCUCUGCUGCCGAGGAAUUUGAGGCGGGUUCGAAAGGUGCUCAAGGACGGCUUCAACAGGCCUCUUGUGGACCAUUUACUCCAAAGGCGAGAACGCUUGAAAGGGCAUCUCUGGAUCGACCUGCUGCUGAGUCGCCUGCUUCUCCUUCGGUUGACAAUCGUGGAGUGAUGGAGAGUUUGUCUGUGCAGACCCUGAAGACGUCCCACCUCGCAAAUCGUAUUGCUGAUCCGCAGAGCGUAGAUAAUGGAGUGGCUGGCGAUGCAUCGAAAUUGUCAGUCCCACAGUCACCGAAUGAAAAAGCGCAAAGCAAUUUACUCCACCAUGACGUGGCAUAUGGCGUUGGACCUUACGGAACGCCAACCAUUCCCUUUUAUUCUGUUGUUUUGCGGGAAGCUAGUGAACCAGUGGUACAGGCACCGUUCGCAGGAAGCAUGCUGGCAAACUUGCAGCUGGAGUCAACAGAAGAUAAUUUCUCAAGAACUAAUGGGGUUUCUAAGAAAAGCGGGUGCAAUGGUACACAAGGAAAUUCGAAUUUUGGAUAUGUACCUAGCUACAUGCUGCAACCCGUGACAUCCUGCCAAGCAACUACUAUCAAAGCAGGCCCUUCGUCCGUAUCUGUUUCUGUCUCGAAAGCCCCUGGAAACGGUGCAGGAACAGACAUCCCCACUCCCACCUUAGCCCAUCCAUACGUUCGUCUGCCAUUUGUUCCUCGUGAGGCAAUAACACGCACUUUUGACUUCAAAUGUGCACUCUCUUGCGGCCUUCAUGAUAGGUUCGUAUUGACACAUCUGGAGACCAUGCGAACGCUGUUCGCGAAAGAAUCCUUGGAUUGGAUUAGCGUGAACAAGCUCCUCUCUACUAGCCAAAGAUUGGUCAACCAUGCAUUUUUCCUCCUACGGCUACCCCAGGUCCCUGAUAUCCCGAGCCGUGUAAAUAGAAAGCUGGGACUUCUAUUUCUCACGUUUGACGCGGUGGUAUGUACUAUUGAACUACUGGGGGAAAGCAUGCUAACCGGCGCAUGGUGGCGGAAGUUUACAGGUGCAUUUAACACAGAUUAUUACCUAAAGGCAACGGGGACAAUAGUUCCGGCUGAAACAGGUCGUGCUGGUUUUGGUAAUCGCUUGCUUUCUGCAUUGAGGAUAUACAAGACAGGAAGGCGGCCCCAUGCAGAGGAAAUCAUCUCAUUAAAACGAUUGCUUUUCUGCUCCAAUGUGUCCCCCGAUAUCUUCCAGAGACGCCAGUGGGACCAGUGGAGGUUGGACGAUAAAGAGUGGUGUGGUGCGAAGUGGACGGGCGUGUAG